AUGCCACACAACAAUUCCAGCAUAGUGACGGAGAUUCUGCUCUUGGGAUUUCAGAAUUUAAAAAAAUUUAGGAUCUGUUUCUUUCUCCUGCUUCUGACCAUCUUCUGUGUGACUGUAUGUGGAAACCUCCUCAUCAUUCUGGUGGUGUCCUCCAGCAGAUCUCUCCACUCUCCCAUGUACUUCUUCCUCACACAGCUCUCCUUCACAGAUAUUCUCCUCACCACCACCAUCGUUCCCAACAUGCUCCACAUUGUGUUGUAUGAAGGAAGUUUUGUGCCUUUUGUCGGAUGUUUAACUCAAUUUUAUUUUUUUUCAGCCUCAGAAUCAUUGGAAUGUCUUCUCCUGAGCGUAAUGUCCUAUGACCGGUAUCAGGCCAUCUGCAACCCUCUACAUUACACCUCCGUUAUGGACCUCACAUUUUGCGUAAAAGCCGUUCUCUUGUGUUGGGUAAUAAUGCUUGCAGUUACACUGACUCUUUCGAUAACCAUGAGUCAAUUGCAGUUCUGUGGGGCAAACGUCAUUGACCAUUUCUUUUGUGAUUUAGAUCCUUUACUUGAACUUUCCUGCUCAGACACUUUUUUUCUGAAACUAGAAGACAUGAUAUUGGCCGUACCAUAUGUACUUUCUCCAUUUAUUGUGAUUAUGGUCUCAUAUAUUUAUAUAAUUGUCACCGUAUUGAAGAUCCCAUCUGUGACCGGGAGGCAGAAGACCUUCUCCACCUGCAGCUCUCACCUGGCCGUGGUGUCUUUAUAUUAUGGAUCCAUAAUUUGCAUCUAUCUAUUUCCAAAUAAGGGAAAUGUAAAGAAAAUCCUCUCCCUGUUCUACACUGUAGUGACUCCGCUCCUCAAUCCUAUGAUCUACAGUCUGAGUAAUAGAGAUAUUAAGAAGGCCUUUAAGAAUCUCAGGAACAAAAAAAGUUGUCUGCCUUUUAAAUGA